AUGGCGUUAUCGUGGAGCCGUCAUGUCCGGCUAUCAGUAUGUACUGUAAACAAUUGGGCAUUAGAUUUCACAGGGAACUGCCGGCGUAUUCUGAAAACUUGCGAAGACGCGUACAAUCAGGGUGCUCGGUUGAGACUUGGUCCUGAGCUCGAAAUUCCUGGCUACGGAUGCGCUGAUCACCACUUCGAGAUUGACACAGAACUUCAUUCAUGGGAAAUUUUGAAGAAGAUCGUGGACAAGUCGAAAGAGUGGCCGAGUCUCAUGAUAGUCACCGGAAUGCCUGUUCGUCACAGAAUGCUUUUAUAUAACUGCCUGGUAGCACUUGCUAAAUGGGUAGGUUGUUUCUGUGUAUUGAAUACGUCGAUACCGUUGGUGACGAGGCAGUUUCACAAGAGGUUACAAUGGUGUCUCCAGGGCUGCCGUCAUGUCCGGCUAUCAGUAUGUACUGUAAACAAUUGGGCAUUAGAUUUCACAGGGAACUGCCGGCGUAUUCUGAAAACUUGCGAAGACGCGUACAAUCAGGGUGCUCGGUUGAGACUUGGUCCUGAGCUCGAAAUUCCUGGCUACGGAUGCGCUGAUCACCACUUCGAGAUUGACACAGAACUUCAUUCAUGGGAAAUUUUGAAGAAGAUCGUGGACAAGUCGAAAGAUUGGCCGAGUCUCAUGAUAGUCACCGGAAUGCCUGUUCGUCACAGAAUGCUUUUAUAUAACUGCCUGGUAGCACUUCUAAAUGGCAAAAUCCUAUUGAUACGUCCGAAAAUGGCUUUGUGUGAUGAUGAUGUUUAUCGGGAAAGUAGGUGGUUUGUGAGGUGGACCAAGCCAUUGUCCACGAAAACAGUUCCAUUUGGAGACGGGAUUUUGUAUUCUGCCGACAAAGUCAGUAUUGGCUUUGAAAUUUGUGAAGAGCUAUGGUCUGCUCGUUCGCGACAUUUAGAACUAGGAUUACGUGGAGUAGAUAUUAUAUGCAACGGUAGCGGUAGUAUGCAUAUCCUCGGAAGAUCUAAUUACCGAAUCAAUCAGCUUAUUCUCGGUAGUAGUUACAAGACUGGAGGUAUUUACCUAUUCAGCAACCAUCGUGGUUGUGAUGGUGACAGGGUUUACUACGAUGGAUCCUCGUCAAUCGCUCAGAACGGGAAACUGUAUGCGCAAAUUCAUCAGUUCGAUAUUGAAGAUACCGUAUGCAACCCGUCUUAUAUUAUGCUUUUUUCCCGCCUUCAUGCGCCCUUUCCUGAAAACGUUCUAUUACAGUGUGUGGCGACAGCGGUGUUGGAUCUCAACGAGACAGUUUUGUAUCGUAAUAAAAAUUCGAGCAAUCGCUACGAGAAGAUGCACUUGCAGGCCUCUCUUCUUCCGGAGUUCACCACAAUUCCUUUCGAUGGCAAAGUCACGUUAGACCAACCUGCGCUGCGCCUGAGCGAGCAGAUGACUGAUAUAGAACGCCUACAAUUAGACCCUGUUGAAGAACUAUGUCACGGGCCUCCAGCUUGGUUAUGGCACUAUUUGAGGAGAAGCAAGAUGGGUGGUUUCUUUUUACCGCUUUCGGGUGGACAGGACAGCUCUUCGGUUGCUGCCAUGGUUCGGCUAAUGUGCAACAAAGUAUGUGGAGCUGUGAAGCACCGUAGGCUCACCGACGGUGGAGAUGAUCCUGCUUAUUAUUUGAAUGGAGAACGUGUUGGUGAAGAUCCAGCCGAACUGUGCCAUAAGAUCUUCUUUACGUGCUACAUGGCUAGUGAACACUCUUCCGCCGAAACAAGGGCGUGUGCUGAUGGUUUAGCAAAGGACAUAAACAGUAAUCAUUCCAGCAUGUUCAUUGACACGGUUGUAUCUGCCGCAUUGUCUGCAUUCAAGCUUGCAAAAGGGUUCAUACCGAGUUUUGAUAGUAAUGAUUCUCGGGAAGGAUUAGCCCUGCAAAAUUUGCAAGCGAGAAUAAGAAUGGUUUUUUCUUACUUGUUUGCACAGCUAUCUCUCAUAAAGGAAGGACGACCAGGGAGCCUCCUUGUAUUAGGUUCAUCUAACGUCGAUGAGUUGCUGGUUGGUUAUUUGACAAAAUAUGACUGCUCGUCUGCCGAUAUCAAUCCCAUAGGGUCAGUCAGCAAAGUGGAUUUACGCAAUUUUUUGCGUAAGGUUCAUGACGAACAUGGAAUGACGUCAUUGAAAGCGGUUAUCGAUUCUGUUCCAACUGCGGAACUCCGACCACUUGUGAAUGGAGCCAUAUCGCAAACGGAUGAGGAUGAAAUAGGUCUCACCUACGACGAAUUGUCAGUUAUUGGACAGAUGAGGCGUCCACGGUGUUUGGGACCAUAUGCGACAUUCUUAGCUCUUUGUUCCAUCUGGUAUCCAAAAUAUUCUUACGAAGAGAUCGAGAGUAAGGUCAAGAACUUUUUCUGGCGGUAUCGUGUCAACAGACACAAGGCCACUGUAGCAACUCCGGCAUAUUAUGCGAACUGGUAUAGUCCAGAUGACCAUCGUAAUGACCACAGACCAUUUUUAUACCCUGACAUGGAGCACCAAUUUGAGAUGAUCAGGGCAAAGACCAUUGUUUGA